AUGAAUCAACGCUCUUUAGAGACGAAUCUAAUGAGUAGUGAUUCAUCAGACUUACUGAUUCUUGAUCCAGAGAGCAGAAUCUCUCAUGAUUCAUUACUUAUCAAACCAAAUUUCCACGACGAGAAGAUUUCAGAUAAAUCUCAAGAUCAUUCUUUGUUUGACGAAAAGUUGUACAUGAACAUUACAAGCAGUCAUAGGAAGAGACUUAUCAACUCUCCAAAGACAAAAACACACAAUUCUUCUCCAUCGAAACAGUUUAAUAUGACAAAAAUGAUUGAAAGCGGCAAUGAUCUACUAAAGUCGAUAAUUAAAACGUUAUCUGACUCUAAUGCUUAUGAUAUGAGCGAUUGGGCAGAUGAAGAUGCAAUGAAAGAUGAAGACUUUGAUUCAGACUGUGAAGAGUAUGAAGGCAAACUUAUACCAGAAUGGGCACAGAAAGAGUCAUUGAAAUACGCGGUUACUCAUCAAAAUCAGUCAGAUGGAGAUAAAUUAUUUGCUACCCUUCCUCGUAGGUGCAAUCUCGAGACUGUAUUCGGAACGAAAUCAAUCCCAUAUUAUAUGAAACAGUAUGUUUCUCAUAAAUAA